AUGGCUUUGAUGUCCUUUCUUGUCGUCUCUCUACUGGCUACGUUUCAAGCUGCGCCAGCCCCUGAAGCAUGUGCAAUUGAGGAACCGUUGUUCUUGCACAUGGGCAUUCAGGUGGGUGAUGCGCAGUCGCAGAAGUUGGGGGCUCUUCUUCUUGAGGUUCGGAAGGAGUGUUUCAGAGCCACCAGUUCUUGCCUGCCAGUUCUCGACAAGCUGCGUUUGGCAGUGUGGCCGCACGUGCAAGCCGAGAUCAAUGGUUCAUUCAGUACAUGGAUGCCUGGUUGGAAUUCGGAGCCUUUGCGUGGUAUUCUUGCGCAAGCUGGCGGAGUGUCUCCCACGGGGACGAAGAUGGCCUUUCGCCACAUCUUCAAAGCUGCCGGUGAUACCGCCUUCGCAAAUCUUCAGCAAGUCACCACUGGUUUCAAGCAGCAAGACUACCUGGACUUAUGCAAUGCCUUUCAUUCGACAGAUCUGAAACGCAGAGCUUUUACGUUCGUUCGCGAUCCAAUUUCUCGCUUCAUCUCAGGCUACAGUGAGAUCGAAUAUAGGACUCGUACUGGCAUUGACUGGCCCAUUUUUGACUCUCUAUCCAAGCUGCUCCGAGAAUAUCCGGUAGGCAGCUCUGUUCGAGCUGCGGCUUUCUUUGAGGAGUUCUUGCGCAGUGGAAUCGAUGUCAAUGGUCAUGUGAGGCCCCAGCUGGAGUUCUUGCAACCAUUCUCAGGCUGCUCCUUGCCGAUGGACUUCAUUGGCAAGACUGAACGUGCUGAGGAACACUGGGCCAAGCUGUUUGCCAUGCAGAACGAGACAGCCCCAAAGUUUGACAGCCUCCUCGCAGUCCACUCUCACGGUCAGCGAGAUAAGCAGGCCAUGAAGACGUUCCUGGCCAGCUCAGCCAAAUACAUACGGGCGCUUUGCUGGCUUUACUUGGGGGACUUUGCAGUUUUUGAAUAUGAGCUGCCCAACGAAUGUCAAGAAGAACCCAUGCAGAGUGCAGUCACAAUGCUGCGCCGCGUGCAGCCCUUCUCGACCGAACUCAGCGCCUUUCAUAAUGUGGAGACGUGUGGAGACUCUAUGGCUUUGAUGUCCUUUCUUGUCGUCUCUCUACUGGCUACGUUUCAAGCUGCGCCAGCCCCUGAAGCAUGUGCAAUUGAGGAACCGUUGUUCUUGCAGAUGGGCAUUCAGGUGGGUGAUGCGCAGUCGCAGAAGUUGGGGGCUCUUCUUCUUGAGGUUCGGAAGGAGUGUUUCAGAGCCACCAGUUCUUGCCUGCCAGUUCUCGACAAGCUGCGUUUGGCAGUGUGGCCGCACGUGCAAGCUGAGAUCAAUGGCUCAUUCAGUCCAUGGAUGCCUGGUUGGAAUUCGGAGCCUUUAUUUGAUGCUGAUUGCCAACCUGGGGGGGUUUCUCGCACGGGGACGAAGAUGGCCUUUCGCCACAUCUUCAAAGCUGCCGGCUUCACAACCAUUGCAAAUCUUCAACAAGUCACCACUGGCUUCGGGCCACAAGCCUACCUGGACUUAUGCAAUGCCUUUCAUUCGACAGAUCUGAAACACAGAGCUUUUACGUUCGUUCGCGAUCCAAUUUCUCGCUUCAUCUCAGGCUACAGUGAGAUUGACUAUAGGACUCGUAUUGUCAAAGACUGGCCCCUUCUUCACUCUCUAGCCAAGCUGCUCCGAGAAUAUCCGGUAGGCAGCUCUGUUCGAGCUGCGGCUUUCUUUGAGGAGUUCUUGCGCAGUGGAAUCGAUGUCAAUGGUCAUGUGAGGCCCCAGCUGGAGUUCUUGCAACCAUUCUCAGGCUGCUCCUUGCCGAUGGACUUCAUUGGCAAGACUGAACGUGCUGAGGAGCACUGGGCCAAGCUGUUUGCCAUGCAGAAUGAGACAGCCCCAAAGUUUGACAGCCUCCUCGCAGUCCACUCUCACGGUCAGCGAGAUAAGCAGGCCAUGAAGACGUUCCUGGCCAGCUCAGCCAAAUACAUACGGGCGCUUUGCUGGCUUUACUUGGGGGACUUUGCAGUUUUUGAAUAUGAGCUGCCCAACGAAUGUCAAGAAGAACCCAUGCAGAGUGCAGUCGCAAUGCUGCGCCACGUGCACAGGCACGUUACUUGCAGGGACAUGCAGACGCUCGCGGCGGCAGAUGUUGAGCAGAUCAAGAAGGUCCUGAAGGAAGCGGACGACUGGUCAACAGAGGAACUGGAGCAGCUGCCGGGCUUGGCUGCUGCUCUCCUGUGCCGCAGCACGACCAGAAGCUUUUCCGCUGAACAGUUCUUGCUGGAGACAGCGCCAGUGCUGGAUGGAUCAUCACAUAAAGGCCAGGGUGGUCGAGUGGGCGUGCUUGGUGGAUCUGAGCACUACACUGGUGCACCAUACUAUGCAGGAAUGGCUGCCUUGCGGACUGGUGCAGAGUUGGUCUAUGUGUUCACAGCCAAGGAGGCCGCGAUGCCGAUCAAGUCCUACAGCCCAGAACUCAUGGUGAUGCCGGUGUAUUCGAUGGAAGACAGAGGGAAACCAAAUCACGUGCUGGAAGAUGAGAUUGUCACGCAUGUGCAGCCGAUGCUUGGUCGCUUGCAUGCACUGGUGGUUGGUUGCGGCCUUGGCAGACAUCAGCCAGUGCUUGAAGCAGCAAAGCAGCUCUGCGCCAGAGCAGCUGCAGAAGGCUUGCCCGUCGUCCUGGACGCGGAUGGGCUCCAAGUGGCCAUCCAAUGGCCAAAAGCCUUGGAGGGGAUGAGCCGCACUUUGCUGACACCCAAUGCCUAUGAAUUUCGGCAACUUUGCCAGGCAGUAGGCCUUGAAGGCGACGGAAAAAGCCAGCUGGUCAAGCUUUGUGAGAAGCUUGAUGGGCCAGCUGUGCUGUUGAAGGGUGAAGAGGACCUGGUGGCUGAUGCCUCUGGACGUGUCGAGUGCUGUUCAGUGGAGGGCACGCCACGCCGCAGUGGAGGCUAUGGUGAUGUGCUGGCAGGGACACUGGGGACGUUACUGGCAUGGUCCAAGAACCGAGUGCAAGGUGAUGCUGUGCCUAUGGUGGACGCUGGCUGUGCAGCCUGUGAGCUGGUUCGCGCCAGCUGCCGUGCAGCCUUUGUGAGGAAGAAGAGGGCAAUGACGGCACCGGAUGUUUUGGAUGAGAUUGGAGAUGUUUUUGAAGAUCUUUGCCCUUCUUGGCAGAAGACUGGAGGAGACUUUGCCAAGGACAAUCUUGACUGUUGA